UGCUUUAUGGGGAAGUACAAAUUGUUUGAGUGGAAAUAUUCGACAUGAUGUUUGUGUGUUUGGAUUAGAGGACCUUACUUCAGAAAAUAUUUUCAAUAUUCCACAUUUAUUUAUUAACAAAAUGAUGCCUGGAUAUGAUUUUGGAGUAAUUAAAUGUUGGCAUAAAAAAUUAAAAGAAAGACAAAAAAUAAAUUCUGAGAGGAAAUUGAGUUUAGAAUAUUAUAAAAAUUGGCCCCAAGUGAGUAGUUUUUCAAUUUUAAAAAUUAAAAAAAAUUUAAAUUUUACAGACAAUUUAUAA